AUGGAGUUCUUCUGUGUGCGGCCCAAACGUCGCCAUUCCAAGGAGAAGGCGAAGAAGACGACGGUCAAGACGAAGACGAAACACCAACACACGAAGAGGAAGAAGAAAACACCAAGAGACCACGACAAGGCUCAAGCAGUACCGAAGAUGGCGUAUCCUCUCUACGGCGGCGGCGGUGGCAGACUGUCUCUCGGUUCCAACCCUCCAUUCCCGGACCAUCGUUACUUCUUCUCCCCAGCGCCCUCCCAAUCUUUCCCAUCACCCGAUCGCGAGCAACGAGCAUAUGGUUGUCCGAAGUGCCCCAAACCCGCCCCGACGCAAGACUUCAACCAGAAAGUCAAUGACUGGAACCUAAUGGACACGACCCCCACAAACCCGGGUACGGAUCAUGCAGCAUUGGACGAACCCCCUAUCCGUCAGGUUUCCAAGAAGCACGCCACCAAAAGGGGAAGCAAGAAGGCGCCAUCCAAGUCGGCUGCCGAGACGUCCACCUCGUCCUAUCACCACCACCAGUCGAUGGCAAUGAAGGAGAUCUACGUGUAUCCGUGGUCGCUAUCCCACAUCUCAUUCCCUGUGGUCGACCACAGUACGCGUCGCCGCGAUCCUCUUGCGCCCCAGCGGCCCACCUGCUCCAUGGCGGUUGCCCCUGAAUGUGCGACUGUCCAGGACAUCAAGGCGACGCUCGCGCCGCACGGUUCCGACUUGGUUGUCUACGCUCGGCUGUCGGCAGCUGGUGAGACGGCCCCGAUCGACAACUUUGCCAACAUUACUGAUCUCCGGGAGGGCUCCCUUCAGCUGGAAGUCUGGGACUGCGAUGCGGUCGAUGAAUCGGCCAAGGCGGGUAUGAAUGGCGUCGGGGGCAGAGGCUUGAAUGUCAUGGAAAAGAUAUUUGGGACGUUGGACUAA